AUGGGGAAGCAGAAACAACAAGUGAUUUCCCGCUUCUUUGCACCCAAACCCCAAACUUCGGCCGCCGUCACCACCCCUUCAAACACCGUCUCUUCCCCCUCUCCACCAACCCUUACGCCCAAAAUCACCACCACUGUCACUUUCUCACCGGCAAAACGCCUCAGAAACACUCAUCUCAGUUCCCCUCACAAUAAACUAGCUAAACAAGCUCACCCCCAGAAGAACAGCUCUCCUACCCCAGCCUCACCCCUACCACCCAUUAGAACCCCUGAAUUUUCACCCCGCAUUGAUGACCCCGUUUUGCCCAUACCCGACCCCACCCUUCACCAAAAGUUUCUCAAUAAACUUCUAGAACCUACCCAAGAUGCUUUAGAACCUUGGAAAGAUAAUAAUAAUAGCAAAUUUUUGAACCCUAAAUACACUCCACUUGAACAACAAGUAGUUGAACUUAAGGCCAAGUACCCUGAUGUACUUUUGAUGAUCGAGGUUGGAUAUAGAUAUAGGUUUUUCGGAAAGGAUGCUGAAAACGCUGCUAGAGUAUUGGGUAUCUAUGCCCACAUGGAUCAUAACUUUUUGACUGCAAGCAUUCCCACUUUUAGGUUACACGUUCAUGCUAGAAGGCUUGUGAGUGAAGGGUACAAAGUUGGUGUUGUGAAACAAACUGAGACUGCGGCAAUUAAGGCCCAUGGGAGUAAUAAGUUGGGACCAUUUUGUCGUGGAUUGUCAGCCUUGUACACAAAGGCUACAUUGGAGGCUGCAGAGGAUUUGGGAGGUGGGGAGGAGGGUUGCAGUUCAUGUAAUAAUUAUUUGGUCUGUGUUGUGGAGAAGGUGGUCGAGAAUGUAGAGAGUGGGAUUGACGUGAGGGUGGGGAUUGUUGGGGUUGAGAUUUCAACUGGGGAUGUUGUUUAUGGGGAAUUUGAUGAUAAUUUUAUGAGGGCUGGAUUAGAGGCUAUGAUUCUAAAUUUAUCACCUGCUGAAUUGCUUAUGGGGAAGCAACUGUCUAAGCGAACUGAGAAGUUACUAUUAGCAUAUGCUGGGCCUGCCAAAAAUGUUAGAGUUGAGCAUGCUACACAAGAUUGCUUCAGUGAUGGUGGUGCCUUAGCAGAAGUAAUGUCUCUAUACGAGGACAUGAAUAAAAAUAAGUCAGCAAAUGGUUAUCAAAUGGAAGCUACAGAGGAGAGCACACAAGCCAGUAAUUGCUUGGCAAUUGAGGGAAUUAUGGACAUGCCUGAUUUGGCAAUUCAAGCAUUAGCCUUAACCAUUCGUCACCUAAAACAAUUUGGUUUUGAAAGAAUUCUGUGUCUGGGAGCUUCAUUCCGGUCUCUCUCAAGCAACGUGGAGAUGACUCUUUCAGCCAAUGCAUUACAGCAAUUAGAGGUUCUGAAGAGUAAUUCUGAUGGUUCAGAGUCAGGGGCCUUAUUUCAGUGUAUGAAUAAUACUCUGACCACAUUUGGUUCAAGGCUUUUGAGACAUUGGGUAACUCAUCCUCUAUGUGAUAGAAAUAUGAUAUAUGCCCGUUUAGAUGCUGUUUCAGAAAUUGUCGAGUCCAUGGGAUCUGGAGAAGCUUCUCAGGAUUUCGACCUUUAUGAGGAAGACUCUGACAUCAUUUUCGUGCAGCCUGAUAUUCAUCAUAUUUUGUCUUCUGUUUUGAUCACAUUAGGACGGUCACCUGACAUUCAGCGCGGGAUUGCAAGAAUCUUCCAUCAAACUGCUACAGCUUCUGAGUUUAUUGCCAUUAUUCAAGCCAUCUUAGCUGCUGGAAAACGACUCCAGCGACUUCAGAUUGAAGAAGAGGACAAAAACGUACAUACAAACAUGAGAACUGUGCGCUCUGUGUUGUUGAGAAAGCUGAUAUCGACAGCUUCAUCUUCUAGUGUUAUCAGUACUGCUGCAAAAUUUUUGUCUUCCCUAAACAAAGAAGCUGCCAGUCAACGGGAUCUUGAAAACCUAUUUAUCGUUUCUGAUGGAAAAUUCCCAGAGGUUGCUGCAGCAAGGACCAAAGUCCAGUUGGCAAAUGAGAAAUUAGAGCAACUGAUUGGUCUGUAUCGCAAACAGCUGAGAAUGAACAAUAUAGAGUUUGUGAAUGUCUCUGGAGUUACACAUUUGAUAGAGUUGCCUUUAGAUGUGAAGGUGCCUUCAAACUGGAUGAAGGUAAAUAGUACCAAAAAAUCAAUACGCUACCAUCCACCUGAAGUAUCAAGUGCUUUAGAUCAGUUGUUACUGGCAAAUGAGGAGCUAUCUGUUGUCUGCCGAACUGCAUGGGAUAGUUUUCUAAAGACAUUUAUUGGACACUACUCUGAAUUCCAAGCUGCUGUUCAAGCAUUAGCUGCCUUGGAUUGCCUAUAUGCACUUGCCAUGCUUUCGAGGGAUAAGAAUUAUGUGCGCCCAGUUUUUGUGAGUGAUGAAGAGCCUGUUCAGAUACACAUCACUUCUGGUCGUCAUCCUGUCAUGGAGAAUAUAUUGCAAGAAAAUUUUGUACCAAACGAUACAAAUUUGCAUGCGGAAGGACAGUAUUGUCAGAUUGUAACUGGACCAAACAUGGGUGGAAAGAGUUGCUAUAUUCGCCAAGUUGCACUUAUAGCAAUCAUGGCUCAGGUUGGUUCUUUUGUACCAGCAUCAUCAGCAACACUGCAUGUGAUGGAUGGGAUUUACACACGAAUGGGAGCUUCUGAUUGUAUUCAACUGGGAAAGAGCACCUUCUUAGAAGAAAUGAGCGAGGUGUCUCACAUUCUUCAUCAUUGCACGUCCCGUUCGUUGGUUAUAAUUGAUGAGCUCGGUAGAGGCACAAGUACACACGAUGGGGUAGCAAUCGCUUAUGCCACAUUGCAUUAUCUUCUAGAGCGUAAAAGAUGCCCAGUCCUCUUUGUCACACAUUACCCUAAAAUAGUCGAAAUCAAGAAGGAAUUUCCAGGCUCGGUUGGAGCUUACCAUGUCUCGUAUCUGACAUCACAGAGCAAGCCAGACGUUGACUUGAUUUCUAGUCAGAAAGUGGACAGUAUGGAUUAUGAUGAUGUCACCUAUCUUUACAAACUCGUACCUGGUGUUGCAGAGAGAAGUUUUGGAUUUAAGGUUGCUCAGCUUGCACAGCUACCAACUUCUUGUAUUAAACGAGCCAUUUCUAUGGCUGCAAGGUUCGAAGUAGAAGCAUGCAACAGAGAGAACCACAGGUUUCUAAUGAACUUUUCAACUGAAACACUGCCCAAUAAUAAAGCUUGCGAGGUAGAAAAGGCUCUCUCUAUAUUUUCUGAUAGCACGGACGCAGAUGGAGUUGAAAACUUAGAGAAACUUGAAAAUGCUUACAAGGAUUUAUUCUCAAGACUAAAUUUGAGCCUCCACGAAGAUGUUGGAAAGAGUUUUCACACGUUGAAGUACUCGCAAAACCUUGCCUUUGAAUUGAUGAAAAUAGAUGAAUGCAGGCUUUGA